AUGGGUCUUAUGUUUGUUGCUCCUACUAUAGUGGAAGGUAAUCCUACUGCUAAGUUAGAUAAAAAUGAAAUUGAUAGAAUGAAUACUAGUUGGGAAAAUGCCAUCAUUGUGUAUGUUGUUGGGCAAAAUCCAACCAUGACUGCCAUGUUAGGUUUUAUUAAAGCUCAAUGGGGACUUAAAUCUGAACCUGGAGUAUAUAAACAUGAUGAAGGAUAUUUUGUGGUGAAAAUGAACUCGAAGGAAGAAAGGAACUCUGUUGUGUAUGCUGGGCCACAUUUGUUUUUUGGUAAACCAAUGAUUGUGAAGAAAUGGAUAGCUACGUUUGAUUUUCAUAAUGAAAUUCUAAAAGUUGUUCCUAUUUGGGUCAGAUUACCUAAUCUAUCAUUGAACUGUUGGAGUGAGAAUUCAUUGAGUCGAAUUGGAAGCUUACUAGGGGUCCCAGUGUAUGCAGAUGAAUGUACAACCAAGACCUUAAGAAUUUCCUUUGCACGAAUACCAGUGGAAAUAGAUGUCACUAAAGAAAUCUUGUAUGAGAUAGCAAUAGAAGAUCCUACUGGAGCCACGUUUAAACAAAAAGUGGUCUAUGAUUGGUUGCCUGAGUUCUGUAAAAAAUGUCAAGUAAUUGGUCACAACUGUGAGGCCAAUACUAAAGCUCCUGCAAAAUGGCUGAAGAAAUGGGUUCCUAAAAAGAAGAUAGAAACUGUAAUUUCAAAGGAACAGAUUCCUGAAGAAGCACAGAUAACUCUUGAUGAAAUAGAGGAGACAAAUGGAGACAUCUCACAUAUUGUGGCUCCUUCUAUGGUAGUUGAUGCCUGCUUAGGUGGGGGUCCUGCUAUAGUUGUAGAGACUGAUAUGGUGAAUACUCCUGCUGUUACUCCUGAUCAUGUGCCUAGAAUGACUGAAGAAGAAGAACCAUGGAAAAUUGUAACCAGGAAGUCUAAGGGUAAACAUGUUGCCUUUCAUAAAAAUGGAACUGUUAACUUUUCUCAAUUGGACUCAGCAAAAGCUUGGGGUGCUAGGGGACCAAACCCCUAUCUAUCCUGA